CUUCUUAAUGCCUAAACGGAUCUGGAUGAAAUUUGACACAUAGUGUAAUAACUUUUUCAGGGACGAAAAGUUGGCCUCGACAUCCCUAUGGGUGAUGAUAUUGGAUCUAUGGCUACCGUCCCUAGGAGUGAAGUAAGCAAACCUAAUUCAUAACAACGCCGUAUACUAUUUACCUGUCUGUGAUAACAGUGAUGGUAUGUACAUACAUACAUACAUACGAUAUCGGGUCGCAAGUGAGGAACCGGUUUCGGCGACACUGAGACUCAGCUAUAAACACCAAUCUCUCGCUAAUGGUGAUGUUCUAUUUCAUUUUCAGUGCGGCGUCACACCGUGGGGCUGCGACUUUAAAACCCCGCCCUCACCGGAGGAGAUAUUUACUGAUUUUGAACAAAGUCGUACAAAAGUGAACGCGGCAGGUGGCGGCGGCGAGCUGUGUGUCUGCAGCGCGCUGCCCGCGGCACCGCGCCUCGCCCCGCCCUGUCUGCAGUUCAAAGGCGUGGCGGUCGGCACUGUACAGUGGCGGCAGGUGGCGCUGCACAACUCGGGAGGACUGCCAUUACGCUGGAGCGCGCACGUCCGCCGCUGGCCGCACACGCGUACUCCCGCGCUGCUGCUCGGUACACCGCUGCUCUAUUCCCAUUCUAUGUGAAUGUUAGACUGUAAUAAUACUAGGUGUCUAGAUAGACGUGAAGUUUGG